GUGACUGCACUCGGGAUGUCGGGGCGGAGCCCAAGCCCUCCGGGAGACGAAGGCGGGCCGGACCUAGGUGAAGAGGCGGGGCUGGGGCGGAGCUGGCCUUCCCGGCGAGGGCGGGGCCGUGGGCGGGCGCCGAAUUGCUCGUCUUCGAGGUGGGAGCUGCAGCCCGUAUCUUCAGUCUGGGCAUCGGGAGACAGCGGUAUCAGCGCCAUGAAUGAGGCAGAGGGGCUGCGGCAGCGCCGGCCCAUGCGGCCUCAGGUCAUUACUGAGGACAACCAGGCACAGGAGACCAAGCAGGGCAGUGCUUAUAGCAAUAGAGUUUUCCAGAUGACCUUUAUGAUGCUAGCAGUAUCCCUUACCAUUCCUCUGCUUGGAGCAAUAACUCUGUUGAAUUGCCCUAUUGAUCCUCAACCUCUUAGUUUCAAAGAGCCUCCCUUCCUACUUGGAGUUCUGCGACCAAAUGUGAAGUUGCAACAGGCAAAAAAGUUAUUUGAAAACCAGCUUAUUGGUCCAGAGUCCAUAGCAAAUAUUGGUGAUGUUUUGUUUACUGGCACUGCUGAUGGUCGGAUUGUAAAACUUGAAAAUGGAGAAGUAAUCACAAUUGCCAGACUUGGUAAAGGCCCUUGCAAAACAAGAGAAGAUGAGCCUGUCUGUGGAAGACCUCUUGGAAUACGAGUUGGGCCUAAUGGUACUCUUUUUGUGGCAGAUGCUUACCAGGGACUAUUUGAAGUGGAACCUAGUACAGGUAGAGUAAAACAGCUUUUGUCUUCCCAAACACCCAUUGAGGGAAAGAAAAUGUCAUUUGUGAAUGAUCUGACAAUUACUCAGGAUGGGAGGAAAAUUUAUUUUACGGAUUCUAGCAGUAAAUGGCAAAGACGAGAUUAUCUGCUCUUGGUUAUGGAGGGUACAGAUGAUGGACGAUUGCUAGAAUAUGAUACUGUAACCAGAGAAGUAAAGGUUUUAAUGGAAGGAUUAAGGUUCCCCAAUGGAGUCCAGUUGUCUCCUGCUGAAGAUUUUGUUCUGGUUGCAGAAACUACUAUGGCAAGAAUAAGAAGAUUCUAUGUGUCUGGGCUUAUGAAGGGUGGGGCAGACAUGUUUGUAGAAAACAUGCCUGGUUUUCCAGAUAACAUUCGGCCAAGCAGCUCUGGAGGAUACUGGGUUGCCAUGUCAACAGUUCGGCACAAUCCCGGGUUUUCUAUGUUGGAUUUCUUAUCAGAAAAACCAUGGAUUAAAAGAUUAAUUUUUAAGCUGUUAAGUCCAGAAACUGUGUCGAAGUUUGUACCUCGAUAUAGCCUUGUCUUGGAACUUGGGGACAGUGGAACAUACCAGAGAAGCUUACAUGAUCCCACUGGACAGGUUGUCAGCUAUAUUAGUGAAGUGCAUGAACACGAUGGACACCUUUACCUGGGCUCCUUCAGAUCUCCUUUUCUUUGCACACUUAACAUUGAUCUCCUCUAGGAAUCAUUCUGCUUGAGUAUUUUAGUGGUUUAAGUACAUAAGGUGUUACCCACAGUCAUGGAAAUACAUCUACCAAUAUUCAAUGUCAUCUCUUUACAGUGUAGCAGGGGAAUGCCACAGUACUCUUGCUCAUGUUAGUUUUCUAUGGUAGAAUCCUUUCCUUUUGGUUGACUUUUAAGGGGGAAGUGCAUAAAAUGAUGACUUUGAGAAUUUAGGUAACAGAAUUCUAUCAUCCAAGAAUAUUUGCUUGUGUAACAGUUCUCUGUUGAAGUUUGAAUACUUUUAUAAACUUAAAAAGUUUGAGGAACUUGUUUCUCCUACUAAAUCUGUUUUUCCAUCCUUAGCUUUGUUACCCAUGAAAUAGGAUUAAUAACUACUAUACCGGGAGGGAAAACUUUGAUAUAAGCAGAAAGAAGUUUUGGAAAUUAAGUAGUAAGAGUUACAUUCUAAAGAUUUGUACUAGAUAGACCACUGAUAGGAGCAUUCCAAAAGGCACUCCCUGCUCAACUGAAGUGGUUUGUAUGACUAGACUUUUGGGUAGUCAAAGUUUUGCCUCUUGAGAGGCACAACUAAAGGCUUUUAGGAUACCUCAGUUCCUUUCAACUAUUUAAAGGUUAGGUGCUGCAAGAAGGUUCUCUCGUGAAAGUCCGUUUAUUUCAGUUAUAUUGAGAAUCAAUACCAAUAUCUCUUUCUAAAAACUACCUGUUAUAGUGAUAUGAUAUUACCCAGUAGGUUGAAAUCAACAGUGAUUUUUUUUUUAGGAGAAUAUAAUUUGUUUGCCUUUACAUUGUUUCCUAGAAGGAACUGCAGACAUGGUUAAAAUCACUAUGUUUCAAUGUCAUGUUUGCAUUGCUUACCACCUUGACAAGUGGUUGUCUAAUUAUAUUACUGGCAAACGACAUCAAUAAGAACUCUGUAAUAAUGAAUAUAUUAAAUCUGCUUUUCUGCUGACUUUUUUGAUUGUGUCAUCUAGACAAUUAUUUUAUCAUAUAGUAUAACAAUGUAUGAAAUGUAUGAAAUUAAAUUCUGCACAUUAUAAUCAAGAGGCUAAUUUUCAGCUAAUAUACUUCUAUUUAGGGGGGAAUGUUAAAUUUAGAAUGGAAUUAAUAGUUAGAGUGCUACUUUUAGUAAAAAGUAUGUCAUCCAUGGGAAAUUAUGGUAUAUAUUGAGAGGAAGCCCAUUUUAGAAGAAUUUAUUUGAAUUCAUUUAGUCUUUACUCACCAUGGACUUAGUCUUUUUUGACCCUAGAGCCAGCUAUAUUAUUUUUCUGUCCCUUUUCCAUCUUCAAAUAGAAAUACAUAUUACUAAAGUUACCAUUGCUGAAGUACUUUGGGGAAAGUUACUGUUUUAAAAAGAAAAUUCAAGUUUGAUGAUUUAAAAUACCUGUGUUGUAAACUUCAAACUAUAUGUACUAAUUGGGUGAUAGGUGGCACAGUGAAUAGAUUUCCAGGCCUGGAGUAAGAAAGACUCUUCUUGAGUUCAAAUCAAGCCUCAGACACUUAAUAGCUGUGUGACCCUGGGUGAGUAACGUAAUACUUUUUGCCUCAGUUUCCUCAUCUGUAAAAUGAGCUAGAGAAGGAAAUGGCAAAUUACUCCACUAUCACUCUCUGUCAAGAGAACCUCAAAUGGGGUCACAAAGAGUUGGAAAUAACUGAAAACAACUGAACAACAAAUAUGUACUAAUUAUCUAAUUAAAGCACUGCCUGGCCUUUUAAAAAAAUUAUCUUACUGGGUGACUACCAUUAAGUAGCUGUGAUAUAGGGUCAUAAUGUUGAUUCAUUCUGCUGAAUUACACAUAUGUUGUCUGCUUUAUAUAAGGAAAAAUCAUCCCAUUUAUUCCAUGAAGCUUUAUAGUGUAGCAUAUAAUUGAUAUUGACUAUUGAACUUUUUUGAGUAUACAGUGCAUAAAGGAAUGUUUAUUUUAGUUACUUAGCAUUUCUUAUGUGACAAGUACUAUACAAAAACAAUUAACAGUACUUGUGUAUCAUGAAAUCAUAAGCUUUUUAAAAAAAUCAUAAAAUAACCAUUUAAUAGUGGUAUGUUGAAAUACCAUCUAAUGCUUAAGGGCUGACCUUUUAGUGUAGCAAAUUAUUCCUGUUAUUGUCAAUUUCCGGCAUCCUACAUAGAUGAUAAAGAGCUAUGCUUUUCAGGCCUUAAUUUUUAUAAAUAUUAAUAAGCUAGGGAUUCUUAAAAAGAAAUCUUAGUCUUGUAUCAGAUAUUCAUUCUUAGUUUCUCUUUAAAGGAUGAAAAUGCUGUUUCCUGUGUUUUGCUUAGUAAUUUGGGAUUAGUGGAAAAAGCCAAGAACUCUUUAAUAGGUUUGAACGUGUGACUAUUUGUAUGUAUAUAUUGUACCUAAAGGAUUAGUUUUUACUGUAACUUUACAGCUAAUUAUAUUUUCAUGUAAUGCAAUGCUUAAGUCUCUUUAUGAAGACAAAAUUGGGAGUACUAGCCAGAGAACUUUCUGUAAGAUGGAGACCUCAAUUUUGAAAUCUUGCCCAUUUUAGGAUAGAUACUCUAUUCAUCUUUGGAAACCAAGAAAAUGGGGCAAUUCUUCACUGAAUGUUACUGGUAACAAAGUUAGCAAUUGACCCUGCUUCCUGAAUUAAAGUUGUGAAAUUUAGUUAAGUUGAUUUCAAGCUCUUUACCCCCUUCCCCCCCAUUAACCACCAAACUGAGUAACAUCAAAAUGUGUAUAAGCAGUGUUACAGUUUUCUAAGGACCCUAAAAUGUCAUUGAGUUUCAUGAUUUUUAAUAGGAUUUUACCAAGUCCUAAAAUUUCCAAAUUUAUAAGUAGGGGAGUCAAAGUAUAUUUAUUGUAUACAUAUGAAUGUUGUCUAUGCCUACAUAGAUUGAAGUUUAUUAUCAGGUAAUUUUCAAGUUACCUUACAGUUGAUACCAGGGAAAAUUCUUUCCCUUCCUCCCAACAACUCCUUUCCCCCAUUUUUUUUCUUUUUACUAAGUCAGAUAAAUACAAAGACUUUUUGCUUUUUGCCCCUGUGAAGAACUUUUUCUAGAAAAAUAUGUCUCUUUAAGCAAUAGUGUGUCAUAGUUGAUAGAGUGCUAGAGUUGGGGUCAAGAAACCUUGGGUUCAAAGCUCAAUUCUGACACUGAUAAACUGUGUUACACUAAACUUAAGCUUAAACACUGAUCUUCAGUUUUCUCAUCUGUAAAAUGAGAACCUAUCUCACAGGGUUGUUGUGAGGACCAAAUAAGAUAAUGUAUGUAAAGGACUUUGCACACUUUAAAGUGUGCUAUAUAAUUUGAAGUUGUUAUUAUCUGUAAAAGAACAUAUCUUGGUAACCCAUGCUAGCUUUUUACAACUAUUGUAUUUAUGAGUUUUCCUAAUACAAAAUUUAAAUUCCUUCUACUGAAUUUUAGGCAUAAUGUAUCUUGGCAUCUCCAUCUUGGAAGAAAAACUGCUUGCCUCAUUCACAUAAUAUCUCUUCAUACAUACUUGAAUAAUGCAAUUAAUUAUUUUCCUUCCUCUGCCCCUAAAUAUGUUCUGAUUUCUAGGAAAAAUAAACCUUUUUUGAUUUAGAA